CUGUUUUUUUUCAGUCCGUUUCCACACUCUUCAAUAGAUCAUGACCGUCAUGCCCCGCCUUUUAGUCAAGCGUCUUUCUGAAAAUGCCAAGGUCCCUACACGUGGAUCUGCUCUUGCUGCCGGCUACGAUCUGUACAGUGCUGCCGACACUGUGAUUCCUGCACAGGGAAAAGUGAUUGUUCCUACUGACUUGUCGAUUGCUGUACCUGAGGGCUGUUAUGGUCGCGUGGCACCACGUUCGGGCUUGGCUGCCAAACACUUUUUGGACACAGGCGCAGGUGUGAUUGACGCCGACUAUCGUGGUCCUGUGGGUGUUGUUAUGUUUAACUUUUCCAAGGUCGACUACAAAGUCAAGCAAGGUGAUCGCGUUGCACAGCUCGUCUUGGAACGUAUUUACACACCCGAGGUGGAGGAAGUUGAGGACCUGGACCAGACGGUCCGAGGAGCAGGUGGUUUCGGUUCAACUGGUCAGCAGUAACAUUAGCAGCAGCAGCAGCAGCAGCACUUCAUUCAUUUUAUAUCUAUUACCGACCCUUUUCAUUUGUACAUAGUCAUCUCAGGGCAGAACGUGUCUCCUAAUUAACACAAAUAUUGAUAAGUAAACAAGCAAGAAAAGUAGAGCGGUAAAGAACAAAGAAAAAGGAAAUCAUGGAUGAUUCGU